CAGUCCUAUCGUGCUUCCGGUUUUAAUGUGUUGACGAACAGACCACAGACAAAAGAAGAAAAGAAAGCGACGAUGAUGACAAGCAAAGCAUUAUAUGUGUUUUUCUCUUGUAGGCUAUAUACUUCUUCAGUCUAGUUAUGUUCCCAGUGAAAUAGUUUCGCCAUAUGGAAGUUUGAAUUGCGUGUAAUCAUGCAGAGGUGGACAGUGAAUUUAGAGGGCGGACCUAGGCGUGUCAAUCAUGCUGCAGUGGCCAUCCGUGACAGGAUCUUCAGUUUUGGUGGCUACUGCACUGGGGAGGACUAUGAGACAACACGGCCAAUGGAUGUACACAUCCUCGAUACAGUUUCUCUACGCUGGACACUACUGCCCAUUCCUAAAUUGAAUGACCCCCAAUACUCCCUCUCACCAUACCAACGUUACGGACACACAGCGGUUGCGUACGAGGAUAACGCCUAUGUGUGGGGAGGUCGCAAUGAUGUUGAUGGUGCUUGUUCUAUCCUUUUCUGCUUUGACAGCACAAAAUUGAAAUGGUCUUGUCCAGAAACUGGUGGUAAAAUUCCUAUUGCAAGAGACGGCCAUUCUGCCUGUGUCAUCAACAAUAAGAUGUUCAUCUUUGGUGGAUAUGAGGAAGAGGUUGAUAGAUUUUCCAAUGAAAUCCAUGCUCUCGAUUUUUCUACUCUGUCCUGGAGUGCUGUGCAUCCAAAGGGCACCCCUGCAAUAUGGCGAGACUUUCACACAGCCACCGGUGUGGGUAACAAUAUGUACAUCUUCGGGGGUCGGAGUGAUGAGGGCGGAGAUAUAUUUACAAACAAGGAGAUAUACUGCAAUAAAAUCCAGGUGUUUGACACCAUGACCAACACAUGGCAUGAGCCAGUGACGCUCGGCACCCCGCCGGUCGGUCGCCGUAGCCAUUCAGCAUUUGUAUUUAAAGACAACCUAUAUAUAUUUGGGGGAUACAGUGGAAAACAUGACAUGCACUUCAAAGAUGUCUUCAAAUUUGAUCCAGUGAAGAUGCAGUGGUCAACAAUUAAAGUCAAAGGUCAAGGUCCCUGUGCCAGACGGAGACAAUGCUGUUGCGUAAUUGACACCAAAGUUUUCCUGUUCGGAGGAACUAGUCCCACCCCCAACUCCGAGUCCACCAAUACGGAGAAAGACUUAACGGAUCACUCUGACUUACAUGUAUUAGACUUUGCCCCAUCUUUGAAGACGUUAUGUCAAAUUGCUGUGAUAGAACACAAAUUGGAAACACAGUGUUUACCAAGUUUCUUAAGAUGGGAAAUAUCUGUCAUGACAACAGACAAUCAGAUUACAAAGCCACAUAACAACAAUGGCUGAGAGUGAUCAUGUAAACAGACUCAGUAUAGAUUAAUAUAUAUGUUUCAAUUUACCAUGGAGACAACCUUCAAAGCAAUACCAAGUCAGGGUUACAGUGACUGAAAAAGAGAUGGUUCCUCUUUAUGGGUAUUUUCAGAAGAAUGCAGUGUUUUUAACCAUUGGAUGAUAUGUAGACAGGGUUUUGUUUCAUUCCUUGUGUUUUUUCUUCAGCAAGAAAUUCCAUAGAUGACAGUUUAGAAUUGAUGGAGAAAAGUUUAAAUAAGCUGUACAUCAAGUUUACUUCGGAAAUGCCUAUUUUGUGAGUUAUAUCCAAAAGGAGAUAAAAUUAUAUGAUAAUUUCAAUUGGUAGCGUGUAUAAACUUGUGAUUAGCUCAAGUUUCUUUUAUUAUAGCCCGGGAUUCAAACAUCAAUGGCCUGAACUCUUGCGUUAUUUUGGAAAAUCUGGUAACUUUGGGUGGAAUUCAUCAACGAUUUUCUUCGCCCCAAGAACAUUUUUUUUUUUAAGAAUUUGUGAGUGGAACAAACUAAUUGUGAACACAAAAAAUGUAUCUGUCCUGAAUUAACUAUAGGUAACUAACAGUGCAUAUUGUGAGAAUUUGACUGUCAUGUUGAUUUGGUGUUGUUAUGACAAGUUGAGAUUUUUUGUUUGUUGGGUUUGUCAGUGACGGUCCGUAUUGCUUAGGAGAAUCUUCUUUGGAGUUAUCGUAGUUGUUAGCCGUCGUCAGAUCAUUACUGGUAUUCCUCAUUGUUUACUGACAUUAUGACAGUCAUUAUCAAACUUUUAAUAAUUAUUCCACAUUAUUUGAUGGAAGUUUUACACUGAAUCAUUACCCCCUCACUCCUGAAAUGUUCAUGCUGCAUCAUUUGGUGAAACUUUGACAGUCAUUUCAGAUCAUUAUCAGCCAUUGUUUGAUAAGACCAUGACAGUCAUUUUGGAGUUUGAUCCUCAAGUCAGAAUCCUUCAUCGUCCACGUCAAUAAUAUACAUCCUGUAAAUAUGGUGCAAUUGUGAUAGUUAUAGCCAAACUUACAUAUUUAACUCAUCAUUUAAAUUUGUUUUUGUCUCAUUACCAAAGUCAUCCCACAUACUUCAUCCUCCAUUGUUCGGUGUAGGUUAAUUGUGAUAGUCUAUUGUAAACUUCAUCCCGAGUUAAUUUUAACUCCAUCUUCGACUGAUCAUUAUGACUGCUCCAACUCCAUCCCUAGUUUAAUACCCUGCAAUAUGUACAAAGUACCAUGCAUUAAUAAUCAAACCAGGGGAAGAAUCAAUGUGGUCUCUUUUCAGAGGUUGUCUCUUUACAGAGGUUGUCUAUUUAUAGAGUAUUAAUAUAUAUUAGAUAACUGCUUUGUGGGUUUAAAAAAAAAUGGUGGCCUCUUAACCCUUUCACCACUGUAA